GAAAGGCAGCAGCAUGGCCAGCGUACUGUCUCGGCGCCUUGGGAAGCGGUCUCUCCUGGGAGCCCGGGUGUUGGGGCCCCCUGGGGCUGCCGCACCCUCAGAGCCUCAGACUGAGCUGCUGGAAGGGGUGGCUCCCCAGCCCUUCCUCGCCUCCAAGGACACUUCCUGCCAGGAGCAGCCCAAGGAAAUCCUCAAGGCUCCUGGCACCUCAGGCCUCCAGCAAGUGGCCUUUCAGCCUGGGCAGAAGGUUUCUGUGUGGUAUGGGGGCCAAGAGUGCACAGGACUGGUGGAGCAGCAUAGUUGGGCAGAGGAUAAGGUGACUGUCUGGCUUUUGGAUCAGAAGUUACAAAUCUGCUGUAAAGCAGAGGAAGUGUGGCUGGCUGAGCUGCAGGGCCCUGUGCCCCAAGCACCACCUCCAGAGCAGGGAACCCAGGCACCAGGCUAUAGGCCUGUCUCCAGGAACAUUGAUGUCCCAAAGAGGAAAUCGGACGCAGUGGAAAUGGAUGAGAUGAUGGCGGCCAUGGUGCUGACGUCCCUGUCCUGCAGCCCCGUCGUGCAGAGCCCUCCUGGGGCCGAGGCCAACUUCUCCGCUUCUCGAGCCACCUGUGACCUGUGGAAGGAGAGCGGUGAUGUGUCUGACAGCGGCAGUAGCACCACCAGUGGGCACUGGAGCGCCAGCAGUGGCAUUUCCACUCCCUCGCCUCCCCACCCCCAGGCCAGCCCCAAGUAUUUGGGGGAUGCCUUUGGUUCUCCCCAGACCGAUAAUGGAUUUGAGACAGACCCGGAUGCUUUCCUGUUGGAUGAACCAGCUCCACGCAAAAGAAAGAACUCCGUGAAGGUGAUGUACAAGUGCCUGUGGCCAAACUGUGGCAAAGUUCUGCGCUCAAUUGUGGGCAUCAAACGACACGUCAAAGCCCUCCACCUGGGAGACACUGUGGACUCCGACCAGUUCAAGCGGGAGGAGGAUUUCUACUACACAGAGGUGCAGAUGAAGGAGGAAGCAGCUGCCACCGGCGCCCCCACAGCUGACCCAGCUCCCGCCCCCAGCAUGACCAGCCCGCCCCUUGCUCUCCUUCCACCACCUCCUCCCAAAACCCAGUCCUCAGGCCCAGAACACCCUGGCCUGGACUCUUACCUGCCCUCUGGUGCUCUCAGCAAGUCAGCUCCUGGCUCCUUCUGGCACAUUCAGGCCGACCAUGCAUACCAGGCCCUGCCAUCCUUCCAGAUCCCCGUGUCGCCACACAUCUACACCAGUAUUAGCUGGGCUGCCGCCCCCUCCACGGCCUCCUCCCUCUCUCCGGUCCGGAGCCGGUCGCUGAGCUUCAGCGAGCCCCAGCAGCCACCACCUGCGGUGAAGUCUCACCUGAUUGUUACUUCUCCACCCCGGGCCCAGAGCAGUGCCAGGAAAGCCCGCGGGGAAGCUAAGAAGUGCCGUAAAGUGUACGGCAUCGAGCACCGGGACCAGUGGUGCACGGCCUGCCGCUGGAAGAAGGCCUGCCAGCGCUUCCUGGACUGAACCCGUCCCUCCGGCUCAUCCUCUUCGCGCCCCAACCCAACCGACCGGCAGCCAGAUGACAAGACAGCCGUGUCACAAGCCCUCCGCAGAAACCUAAAAGAUAAAGAGUGGACAUUGGGAGUUUGGGCUCUAUUGGCUAAGGUUCAAUAGUUAAAACAUUUCCCCCUCCCUUUUGGGAACAUUUUAGUUUUAAAAAGAAGAAAGGAAAAUAUUUUUUUCCCCCUCUAAUAGGAGAGAGCCAAUCCUGACCAAGGGUAUUCUGCAGUGAACCAGAGACCAAAGAAUUAAUUACCCUCCCUUUCCCACGUCUCUCUCUAGGGGAUUAGUUUGCAUGUAUCAAAAGAUGGCACGGCUCAUUCUGUUUCCUGCUGAGUUGGUGAAUUCUUUGCUUUCUCAACUCUUCCAGAAGGGACUGUGAGCAAAAUGAAUUUACUUUCCUGAAAAAAAAAAAAAAAAAGUUUCUGGCUGAUGAGUCCGAGAGCAGGACUUGCCGCGGGUACGGGGGAAGUUGGGGGAUCUGUGCACUUUUUAAGGUGCAGCCGGCGCCUCUUCUCCACCCGAAACCAGGAGAAGGGAGAGCCUGUUCUCACCGAGCAGCUUCCAUGGAAGUAAAAGGAAAACCCUUUCUUGAGGACAACGAUUUGAACCUGGGGUCCCUCAGCUGUUGGGUUGCAUCCCAACAAAUAUUGUAUGGCUUCUUCUCAAAGCCCAGACUAGUAGAUUUUAAAAGACUGUCCCCCAAUAGCUGAGCCAAAAGGCUGUAUGAAUUCACUUUUUGAAAAUGUGGCAGUUCAACACUACCUUGAUCGUUUCCCCCUCUUCCCUUGAGGAAAAGCUGGAGGGUUUUAGUAUCCGUGAAAGCCCUCUGCUGUUACCUGAGUAAAUAAACUCCCUCUUGAUGUUCCUCCCUCCAGUUAUGGACAUGACAUCUCCAAAACACUUUGUGCUCUUUUCCCGUUAUUCAGAAGCCUUUUAUCCGAUUAAAGUUCCCUUCCACUUGGGUGAGAGCACCCGCCCCCCCACUCGGUCGCCCUGCUCAGGUUUCUCUGUCUCUGGCCUUACCAGGGAUUGUCCUAUUCUUUCCUAGACUGCAGUUAGGGCUGGCGUGGGAGGAGGGAGAGAGGCAAGAAGAGAUAGAAAGGUAAGUGGCAGCUUGUCCCUGAGACAGAGAGGGAGUUGGCAGGUUCCGGAUUGUUCUUUUGGCCCAGAGGGUCCUGGAGAACCCCGUCUUCUUCCUGAGGGGACAGGUAGGACAGGACUCUUCCAUCCAGGUCAGCAGCCUCUGGAGUUUCAUCUGUGUUGGUCCAGUCCCUGUGAUGGGAAGGUCAGUUCGAUGCGAAUAACCUCAGGUAUCUGCUGAGCACCGUUUCUAGCCUGCAGGUGGGAGGGGGAAGGGUGAAGAGCCCGGAGGCGCUCCUGUGAGGAGGGGUCCGAUUAGCAGCUGCCGGCGCUUUAGCCCUCCUUGUUUCUGGAGUCUUGGGGGAUUGAGGGGAGCCGGGAUUGGGGAUUGCGUUGCUUGGGAAGUAAAUGAGCAAAGCUCUUCUGGUUGCCAAGAAGGGAGAUGUGGGUGGGGAGUUUAGUGCCCUGCCCAUCUGUGCUUAAUUGAGACCAGACAGGCUGAGCCCUCAGGGGAAGGCACAUCUUGCUUUGGAGCUCCUCAGGCCUGUAGCAGCAUGGCCAGCUGGUGCCCUCCUGCCCUGGGCACCAGCGCUGUGCCUAUAUCCCAGAGGUCAGGGGCUCAGGAAUCCCGCCAAGCCCCCAUCCUGGGGCUGGGGGCAGCGUCCAUCCCCUGGCUGUCACCGAGGCCGUCCUCUUACUCCCAGGUGGAAAUCCUGGCUCUUGAGUCUCCUUUGGCCACGUCGCGUGGGAAUCGUGCAGGUGCUUGCCAUCUGUGACAGCCUGAGUGUUAGAAAACCCGCCCACCUUAGAGGCUGGAUGGUGUGACGGGUCGUAGUGCCCCGGGUUUGGUGACGGAGAGAAAGACACCCAUGCGUGCGUGUCUUUGGUGGUGAUGGGCUAUAUUUUUAUAACUUAGUAAAAAAAAAAAAAAAAGUAUGUGGAAUCUGUCCAUAAAGCUGGAGACCAGGCCAGCAAGAGGUGGCCCAGGGUUCUCCUUCCUGUCCAUGCGAAUGAAAAACUGAGGGCAGGUUGUUGCCCUUAACUACUCCUUGUCUGUCUUCAGAUCUUACCGGUGAGGGGAGGGAGCUUUGGAGAUGCGAGGACUCUUCCACUUGCUUCCUCAUCGCAGCUCUUGCUGAGUCUCCUCUUUAGAAAAGCUGUUUUCAAUUUCCCCUCUCAGUUUGGACCUCGUAGCUAUAACUGGCUAUAAAGAUUUCCUCUAAGUGAGGUAGGCUUCUCAUGUCAUGGGUACCCAGGGCAGCAAAGGAAGAGAGAAAGAAGAAAUGGAUGAAACAGUUUAAAAACUGAAGUGGUUGGUUUUUUUUUUUUUUUUUGUUAACGUUUUAUUUUGGUGCAGCUUUCCCUGUCUGUAUCCGCUCCUCUCUCCUUUUCGGUGGUGGUGGCCUCCUCUGGCCUCCGUCCUCCCUCUCCUCCUCCUUGUGGCUGUUGUGUUGGUUCUUGACAUGUGGUCUGUCCUUGGGGUUGCCCCAGUUGUUUCUUCUUGGAGGGUGGGGGUGGCUUGUGAACUGAUCAGCGAUUAUGCCUCUUUUCUUCAUCUCUGUGUCUCUCCCUACUUCCCAGCCCACCUGGGCAGCAGAAUCUGACAGGAGGGAAGGUGCCACAGGUGGGCAUUGGAAACUAACAGGACUGAUUUUGAAAAGAAGUGAUUUGGGGAAGCCAUUUAUUCCAGGGGUGUUACCCCUAUUUAAAGUAUUUCUUGGAAUCACCUUUGGGGUCUGCGGUGCCUGCUUUGGACAGCCUUAAUGAUAGUAAGUCUGCACCCCUGCUCAUUCAGUGCAGAGUCCGGUGAAUGAUGUCUGUGGUCACGUGAGAUCAUGGGGGCAAAGCUCAUGGACUGACUAGUGAGGAAAAUAGCUUGGAUUUAAUUAUGUGGCUUUUAAGCUGGCUGUGAAAGCAAUUUUGUAAUUUCAGAGUGUGUCUUGCGUGAUAUCCACAUUAUGGUAGUAAGCCUAUAGCUUGACUCCUUGGAGGACAUUAUUAAUUUGGAUGUGGAAAACUUUCAUUUGUUGGAAGAAAUCUGUCCUGUUACUUUCUGGUCCUCCCAGGUUCUGAUCUUACCAGGGGCCAAAAAAAAAAAAAAAAAAAAAAGAGGGAAAUAAAUCCCAUCUGUGAAUUUGUCUUUAUUGGCUCCUUUCCCCCCAGCUGUCUUCCAAGUAUUAUUUUUACUGUUAAAAAAUUUUUUUAAAAAUGUGAAAUGUAAUGUUUUUACAGCAACAAUAUGAAAUAUAUUUUAUAAGGAAUAAAAUGGUACAUUGUCUGA